AUGGAUGAAGAUGGUGUGGCCACAGCUUCUGCCUCCCCUCAGUCACCUGUUUCGAAUAUCCCAGAGCAGCAUGAGACAACGGGACUAUCAGUUGCUGGGUUGGAGAAUUCCACAGAUGUAGAUAUGGACUGUAAUGUUGAGGAUGAUGACUCAAGACUUCAGAAUGAUAUAAAGGCACAGGUUGAGGCCGAACCAGGACAGCAUGUGUCACAGACUGCAGAGUUGUUGUCCAAUCCACAGCAAGCAACAACAAAUCCAAAUCCAGAGCCAGCAGCAGGAUCAACUGAACAACCUGCUACGCCAGCAAAUCCUCCCACGUCCGCUGGCCCAGAUUAUUAUAGCCUUUUCAACAAUCCACCAAACCUGGGAUGGAUCAGGCAGGUUCUGUUUGAGCUGAAGGAUUCGGUGGAAAUGAGCGUGGAUGAAUUCAACACCUACUGGCCGUUUAUAGACAAUGUUUGGGUGAAACAGAGGUCAAACUCCACCAAGGACGGCCUCACAACUACUGAUUAUUACAUGUGUCGUUUACGGAGGCCUACAUGCAGACCCACACAGCGGAGGCCGCUCCCUGAAGGGAAGAAGCCUAGGAAGAAGCAAGUUAGGGAAGGGAACCAGUGCAACGUGCAGAUGAAAGUGGUGAAGUUCGAGGGAGCUUAUUCUGCAGUUACGAUCUCACAGACGCGCAGGAGUAGUCGGACGCAUUCGCAUGAUCUGGAUCACAUCGAUAAGGUAAAGAGGAAUUCAGGGCUCAUGGAUUUCUGUAGGAAGGAAGCUGAGAAGGGUUAUCUGCCGUCGUCGAUAUUUGCGAAGUUUCGCGAGGAGCCUGAGAAGCUGCUGGCGGCUGGUGGGAAAUUUUUUACCGUUACUGACGUCCGCAACGUCUCUGCCAAAUGGCGCGUGUCACAUCCCGAUGUGAAAUUGAAAGAACAUCAGGGUUACCAUUUCCAGCAGGGUCAUGGUGUCGUGCGUACUCAUGGUCCGCUGCUAGGCCUCCCAAAUGGGAUCGGGACCGCUCAAUUCGAGUCUCAACCUGCUCGUCUCCAACUUCCUCGUUCCCAGCUGCCUCCUGAUGCUCUACCAUUCCCAACAUAUUCUCUGGACUUUCUACAGCCAUAUCUACCACGGCAUGAGAACGGUCGGCAAUUCCCAUUCGUCACUUUAACGUAUGCAUCUUCCAUGGAUGCGAGGGUGUCACUUCUCCCCGGCGUGCAAACGGCCUUGUCCGGUCCUGAAUCCAAAUUGAUGACACACUAUCUGCGCUCUCGACAUGAUGCCAUCUUAAUAGGAGUGGGGACUGCCAUGGCAGAUAACCCAGGCUUAAACUGUCGAUUAGAAGGUUCAGGAGGGUUUGGCGGGUUGGGCAAGAUGUGGCAACCUAGACCAAUUAUUGUAGAUCCGACCGGGAGAUGGUCGGCCGACCCUGAGUGCCGGCUAUUAAGGACCGCGAAAGAAGGGAAAGGCAAGGCACCAUGGAUCAUCGUUUCGCCGGGUGCGAACAUCCAGCCUGCUAAAGUCCUACGGCUCAAGACUCAUGGGGGUGAUUAUCUACGCAUUGUGGAAUAUAAUCAGAGCUGGCGGCUUAGGUGGGAAGCUAUUUUACGCGCUUUGGGUACUGAGGGCAUAAACAGCGUCAUGAUAGAAGGGGGAGCGACGGUGAUUAGUGAAUUGUUAAAUCCCGAAUAUGUGGAUUUUGUGGACUCUCUUAUUGUUACUGUUGCUCCUACAUUCCUGGGCCGGGGUGGGGUUGGAGUCAGUCCCGAUUCCAAGAAGGACGAAACAGGGAAAGCGAUCAAUGCACUUGAUCCCCGUGAUAUUAGGUGGCAGUCACUGGGUAAAGACGUUGUUUUGUGCGGAAAGAUACGCGGUCCUCCUCCAGCGCCCAUCCUUCCUGGGAUUGAGGCUGUUGCUCAGGAAAAUGUGCAGGGAAAUGCACAAGAAAAUGGUCACCAAAAUGCACAAGGAAAUUGA